GUAGUCUCGAAAGGAUGGUUGUUGCUUGUUAGGUACUAUAGGCACCACGUUAGCAGCAAAUAGCCGAAACGUUUUCAGUUUUUCUGUUCGUCACAUUCCCGCAAAAUGCCUCAAAUGCAGUUGUUGCAGGUUUAUCUUAAUGAGCGGUUAACAGCAGUGGCUGUUGAAAUAUUUGGGGCCGUGGAAAAUACCAUUGGAGAGUACCAGGAAGAAAUCUCCCGUUCAAAUGAGGAGAUCGAACGUCUACGGAGGCUGCUGGAUUUGGUUUGCAUCCCUGACAUAAAGUUACAGAGACCAGACCCCCAGCAGCUCAUUCUCCCUGUCCCUGAUGAGGAGGUUCCCCCUGAGCAGCAGCACUGUGAGCAGGAGUGGAGCCCCAGUCUGGGCCAGGAGGACCCAGAGCCUACACGGAUUAAAGAGGAACAGGAGGAGUUUGGGACCAGUCAGGAGGAAGAGCAGCUUGAGGGGCUGGAGUCUGAUAUCAAAGAGUUCAUAUUCUCUCUCCCCUGUGUGAAAAGUGACUGUGACCAGGACCCACCUCAGCCCUUAUAUCUUUACCAAACCCAUACUGUGGAGAACAGAGAGAGGGACUCUCUUCCCACCAAAACAACUGAAGACAUCAAAACAGAACUUGAUGGAGAGGGCUAUGGAGUAUCUGAACCAAACAGUGAAUUACAGCCCCUUUCUCCAGAAAAUUCUGAUUGUUCUGCAGCUCAUAUUGGGAACAGUGAAAGUGACAAUGGGGUGGACAGUGGAGGACUAAUGUCAGGGUUACAGCCACUCAAAUCAAAGAGAACAUGGACAAAGAAAGUACAAAGCUCUAAAACCAGGGAAGCCAGUGAGUUGAAAGUUCCAUUGAGGGCAGCUCACUCAGGGGAGAGACCACACAGGUGUCCUGUCUGCAGGAAAUGCUUUCUGAAAAGUAGCAUUUUAAAAACACAUCAGAGAAUUCACACUGGGGAGAAACCAUAUUGUUGCAAUGUAUGUGGCAAGAGUUUCAGAGAGAAGAGAACCCUUACCAGUCACAGGCUGACUCACUCAGGGGAGAAACCAUAUCAGUGCAAAGAAUGUGGCAAAUGCUUCAGUCAAAAGAAAAUCCUGACCAUACAUAUGAGGACGCACACUGGAGAGAAACCGUAUCAGUGCAAAGAAUGUGGUAAAUGCUUCACUCACAGUGGAUCCCAGGCAGCGCAUUUGAGGAUUCAUACAGGGGAGAGACCAUAUAAGUGCCCCAUGUGUGUGAAAUGCUUCAGAACAGCAAGUCAUCUAAAAAGGCACCAGCGAAGUCACAGAGGAGAACAACCACAUUGCUGACUUUUUUUGUGGUAAAUGCUUCACUUGUAAGAAUGACAUAGGUCUAGAUUCUAGCAGAGCCGCGCUUGCCGACAUCCUCAUAGCGGUUGUUUUGGCGGUGUUGGAAUUGCGUUAAGAGCUGUCAGAUCCACAAGCGGCUCCUUGUGUUGCCUUUUCGCGGACACUGCCAUUGGAUGCAACGAAACCACACCAUACUUUAUAUCCGACAAUUCCCAUACAGCCACGUUACAAGUUUAAACACUCAAAUGUGUGGUGUUCUAGUGUUUACACCUCAAUUAGACUGAUAGACUAUAAAUCCCCUACUCCCAAAUGAACAUGAAAAUACGCCUGUCAUUAUUUCUGUCAUCAACAGAGCCUACACUUUAUCGCCGUUUUUAACUUCUAACGCGUUGUUGAUAAUAAGGAAGGGAGAUGUUGGUCACACACAACAGUAGCCGUUCACCGAUUUGUCAAGCUCAUAUUGCAGUUACACCUCCCAACACCGCCAAAACGCAGGUUAACGCUCAAAGGCUCAAUCUAAUUGAAUCGAGGCCAUAGUACUUUACACGCGUACCCAUAUACGGGUUGAAAGUGACAGAUUUGGACACUGAUAAGCGCCUAAAUUGGAACGAAUUGGCUGUACAGUAACAUGCUAUACAUGACGUCAGAGCUCAAGCAGGGUUCAUACACAUUUUGACAGAUGACAUUUCAGGACUUUUCCAUGACUUUUAACCAAAUUUCCAUGACAAAUAAUUGGUGGCAUCUCUGUAUACAUAAAACAUUUGGUAUUGACACUAACCAAUGAGUGUCAAAUAAUGCAAAGCUUAUUUAUAAAUUAUGACACAGAUAAUAUAGUUUGAUUAAAAUAAACAUUUAUACAUUAAUUUUGGAUAGGAAUACCAGAUACAACAGGAAAAAAUAAAU